CCAUGGGCCAGCAAAUACCCAUAUAUUUGAACGGCAUGUACGCAUACGAGAUUCAUAUAAAUGCUUUAAUAUCAGCGCUGCCGUUUUUCCUUAUGCUAAUCAGCACUUAUGUGGUCACAAUCACCUCGCAUUAUUUGCUGAAAGUACGAAAAGUGCGUCUGUCGCUAGUGCGCAAGUCAUUAAAUACGAUUUCGAACUGGGUGCCCGCCACUGCAUUGGCGACUAUGAGCUUGCUGUCCAAGGACAAUGCUGUGGGUAAUAUUUCCUGUAUCGUUAUUACAGUUGUCGCAUUUUCGACUUUUACGCUCGGUAGUUCAUUGAAUCACAUUGACUUGGCGCCGAAUUUUGCUCCGCUCCUCUCUGGUAUUACCGGCACAUUUAUAAUGAUAGCGGCCAUUUUUUCGCCCAUAGUUGUGGCAGAAGUCGUAAGGAAUGAGGUUUUGAAAUAGGCAAAGUAUUACUUUUUCAGCAUUAUAUUUAUGAAGUAUUUUGGAGACCUAUUCCCCCUGUCUAUAACAUUGG